AGUUCAUCACCACCGAAACUUCACUUCGCAAAGCUCGCACUCUCAGAUUCCACUGCGAAACCAUCAUUGUCGAGAUGGAGUCGUCAAGCGCUCUGAUGGCGUCCCUGAAAGCCCUGCUCGUGUCGGCCGGCGCGGUGUCCAUCGCCGCCGUCGCCCUCCGAGCCUCUGUCCCGUCGACCUCCGCCGACACUCUGGCGGCGUUCAUCUCCUGCUUCAGGCCUCCGUACCACUUUGUCGUCGUCAACGGCAUCAUCAUCGCCAUCGCCGCCACCUCCAGGUUCUUCCACCACCCGCAGCCGGAGGCCGCCGCCGGCCCGGGGAGGAUCGCGGUCGUAGAGGUCGUGCAGGCCGCGCCAUUGACGGAGGCGGAGGCGUUCGAUGAGUUUAAGGAUUUCGAGGAGAAGAGAGUGGCGGUGGUGGUGGAGGGGAAUGGCCGGGGAUUCGGCGGCGGAGAUGGAUAUAACGGUGACUGCGAAGGGGAGUGGAAGGUGGCGUCCGAGAGGUCCGCGUCGGCGCCGCGGAGGCAGGUGGACUCAUCGGAGAAAGCUCUGGUUUCGCCGAGGUUCGUCCGCCGGAAAACCGCCAACGGCGACCGCCUUCAAGGGGGCAAAACUUUGAGAAAACCCAUGAGAAGAUCGAACGAGAGCAUGGAGAAUGUAUGGAAAGCGAUAGUUAAGACGAAGUCGACAACGUGGUCGACAACAUGGCCCAUGAAAGCGGACGACAACGACUGUCAUAUUAGCUUGUUGGAGUCGACGACGCCGCCGCCGCCGCCGCCGCCGCCUUCGAUGCAGAAAUCGGCGACGUUUAGGGAUCAUACCAACCAACUGAGGGAGGAGCUGAGCUUGGACGAGCUCAACCGCCGGGUCGAGGCGUUCAUCAAUAAGUUCAACGAAGAAAUGAGGCUACAGAGACAGGAGUCCCUAAAUGAAUUCAAGGAGAUGGUCAGCCGCGGAACAUAGGGCCAUAGAACUCACCAAAGGACUGAGCAAAGUGAAAGGUUUGAUAAGAAGAAUGAAUUUCUUUUUUUCUUUUUUUCUUUGUUUUGAUAACAUAGGGGGAGGAAAUGAUGUCUUUUUCUAAAAUUUUCCCUUGGGACCUAAGUUUGUGAAAAUUAUUUCUAAGAGUCAUACUAUAGUUAGGUCCAAAAACAGCUGUAAUCUUUUCUUUAUUUGAAUUUUAUUAUACUUUUUACUCA